GUGCACCUUUAUGCCUGAAGUGCGAAGCCUUUGAAUUGAGCGUAUUGUUGCGUAUCUAAAUAUUCGUGUAUUAUGACUAUUAUAAAAGAUCAAAAUUAUUUUUUUUUUUUAUAUUCUUGUUCUUUUUUUUAAGUACUAUUUAUACACUCUACUUCUGCUUUUGAUAGAAAGUAUGUUUUUUUCUCCAAUAUUUUAUUAUUUGGAAGGAAAAAGAUUGCAGUCGACCAAUCAGUGACCGCAGUAUCGAUAUAUAUCGAUGACCUCAUCGCUCGCGGCAAUUCCGGCGGCUGCGGUGAGUGUGCUCUUUUUAAACAUGGGGAGGUUACUUUUUUGAGAUAAUACUAUGUGGGAUUUCGGCAACCGCGGUUCCGUGGUGUUGAUAAGUGUGACGUGUGGAUGCGUGCUGAUCUACAACGCCUGGGGCGCGAUCCUAGCACUAGCGUCGACGUUGUUUCUGGUGGUAUAUGUAUGCUACUCGUUGCUCGUGAACGAUAGCCUAGUGUCGCCCAACGCGUAUCACGUACUCGGUUACCUACGUGAGGCAGUUCGGGAACUCGGCGCGGCGCUACACAUUGCGUACAGCUACGGUGUCGGAUACGUGCGUAAGAUCUGGCAUAGUGUGAGACGUUGUUACCGCGAGCGUUUUCCAUUCAGGAUGGAUAGGCGACGCGCGAGCAAUUAUCAGCUCAGCAGCGAUUCGUACGCUGCCGCGGGUAACGCCAUGUUCAAGCGCAAGGACUCGUCGCCGUCGUCGUCGUCGUUAUCCAGGUUGGACUCGAUCGAUCAACUAAGCCCGAUCCCGCGUGUUCCGUACCGUUCGCGCGAAACACACGCGAUGGACAGUAGAAUUUAUGCUGGCGAUCACAAUCGCUCACCGUACCGACAGCAGCUCAUAUACGGCAAGCACACGUCCACACCAGUGUUGAGACUUUCUGACCAGGAGGAGGACUCUAGGAAUGGAGAUGCACUGAUUUCACAAUCGCGCGAAAUGCAUACUAAUAAGAUCACCACAUAUGCUCAGAAUCACACAUUAAGCCGUGGUGAGAAUGUCACACUGUUUAGCCCUAAAGGUUCUCCAUGGGGUACGAGUAUUAGUCCCAAGAUACGUCCCAGGCCUGCAGGUGUCAAAACAGUUCAGACAGUUGCUGGACCAUUGUUAGCAUCGACAAGAUAUAAUAUCGAUCCAAAGGUACUCACAGAUGUAUCAUCACCAGGCCUUACAACAAGGCUAACCAAAUAUGCUACGAUAGCAAAAAGUAAAUUAACUCAUCAGUCUCAGUAUAGCACUGGGCAAUUUCCAAAAGUUAAUAUUCACGCUAAUCCAAUACCUCUGUUAAAUGCAAAGUUGAGAAAGAUGAGAAUGCCUGUGACAGUUAGAGUGGCACCGCCAGAUGUGGCAAAGUAUUCUCCGCCAGAAAGACAAAAAGUUCUGUCCAAUAUUUGUCAUGUGGAGAACAAAUCACCUACCAGCGUUGUUCAAGUUUUAAGAGAGAUAUCAUUAAAACGGCAUGCAUCGAUGGAGGAUGUUAGUUUUGAUGUUGCUAAGAAGCAAAAAACGGAUGGCUUUUUUAACGAAGAAAGAGAAAUGAUAAUAGAAGAAAACAAACAAAAACGAAGUAGGGACGAGUCAUCUAAAUCAGAUGAGGAUCUUUCUCCUUUAAGCAAAUCUCUCAGACCAGCCAAACGUACGAAAACCCGAUCCUGUUACGAUAUCUUAAACUCGCUGAGUUCCAGCAUUAAUGUUCCUGUUGGUAUUAAAAGAAAAGCAGCUGAUUUCUCACGUUGUGGGACACCCGACUUUGAAAAGCAUUUCAAAUCUCUGGAAACUGCACAGUCCUCUCCUACUAUGCCAAAAUCUCAGAACUUAGAUACAAAUCAUAGUAAACCAGAACUUAAAGAAAUAUAUUCUAGAAGUCCUGAAGCAGUAAAUAAGAGGCCGGAAGACUUUCCUUUAGUGAAGGGAAUAUUGAAAUCUAGCAGGGAAACCAAGUUGAAUAAAGCAGCGUCUAUAAUCCAUAAAACUGUAAAAACUAUUACCAAAAUUGAUAACAAACCUAACGUAUCGACAAAACCUGUAAAUUUGACAGAUAAACUAUUUAUGAGAGCUGAACCCGAACGGAAUGAACAGUUAAAGUUGCUCGUGGAAGAACCAGGUAACAUAAAAGCUAAGUUUGCGACGAACAACGUAGAAGAGAUAAAGAGGGAUGACAUACGGAAUAUGAGGCAAACUAGUAUGAAGGCAAGGCUUCAAAGUAUGUUUGAUGCAAUAUCAGGAAAAGGAGAGAACAAAAUCAAUCCGGACGUUGUGAUUCAAGCGGACGAGGUUAAUGCAGUGACGCCUCCGGUUACGUGUCCGGUUACGUGUCCGGUUACUUGCGCGACUCUGAAUUCCUCGACGACGACGACUAACGUUGUUACUACACCGCUCUCCACUGCGGCUGUUGUACCGCAAGGUUUCUCUUCAUCAUCGAAAUCAGAUAUAAAAGCCGAUGCGAAACCAACUGCAACCUUCAGCUUACCGAACGUCGUAUCACCGACACAAACAAGCGUUCCAGCAACAACCACUCUUGAGAUAAGAGCAACAAACUCGACCGCUGCAACAAGCGAUCAAACGAAAGUCGUGUCGACUGCAUCUGUAAUUGCAAGCACAGGAUUUUUACAAAAAACCCAAGUAUCUUCGACUAUCCCGAGUGCGGUGCCGACUUUUACUUUCGGUCAUGAAAAAUCAGUCGCGAAAACGGCAACUGUGACGUCGAGCAGUUUAUUGCCAAGCUAUAGCACCAGUGUAUCCAGCACCAGUAGUACGUUUGUGUCAGUUGCCACUACUACCACGCCAGCUUCAUCAACGUCUACUAAUUUCCUAACGCCAAUCAAUAAAACGCCAUCAGGUUUGACGUUCACGCCUAUAAGUUCUAGCAUCGCAUUAGGCGCGAAAGUCGGGAUGAAUAACGUUGUUGCCACAAGUGCGAUCGCUAGUUCAUCCAUCACAGCGAAUACUCAGGCCAGUCCUAUCUUCGCUUUCGGUGGCAGUAAACUCUCCCCCGCCACAUCAAUUCAAACUUCGGCGUCGAGUUUGCUGCCUCAAACCACCGGGACGACAUUAUUAGUUACAACUACCACACCUACCACACAACUACCACAACUACACGCAACCACCACAGCUAGCAUCGCCGGUUUUAAUAGCGUUGCAAACAGCAGAGCAUCGAGCACCGUCGCGACGACGAUAUCUGCCGCCCCAUCUUUGUUCACUUUUGGAAACAACAGUACCACUUUGCAGCCUCCAAAAUCGGAUACGUUCGUAUUCGGCCAGUCCAGUGCCGCUCCAAAAGAAACAAAUACUUUCGGAAGCCCUUUGAAUGCUCAGACGACGUCGUUACCGCAAGUUACGACUAAAUCGUUCAAUUUCACGUCUAACACUUUGGCGCCGACCAGUAGCUCAUUUACAGCUAGCAUUGCCGGUUUCAAUAGCGUUGCGAACAACAACGCUACAUCGAGCAGCGUCGCGACGACAGCAUCAACCGCCCCAUCUUUGUUUACUUUUGGAAGCAACAAUACCACCUUGCAACCUCCAAAGUCGGAUACUUUCAUAUUCAGCCAGUCCAGUAGCGCUCAAAAAGAAACAAAUACUUUCGGAAACCCUCCGAGCAGUCAGGUGACGCAGCCGUUGCCGCAAGUUACGACUAAAUCGUUUAAUUUCACGUCUAACACUUUGGCGCCGACUAGUAGUUCAUUUACAUCGACAAAUAGCGCGUUUACUGCCACGACCACUGCAACACCGGCGUUUGGAUCGUCGAGUGCACCUGCGUUUCCGCUGGGUGCGUCCACUACUUCUUCAACGUCGUCGAUCAGCAAACCUGUGUUCGUCUUUGGCGCUUCCAGCACUCCAAGUACAGCAUCUACGCCUAUAGCCCUACCAGCUGCAACUGCUUCCAAUACAACCGGCUUUGGCACGACAAGCAAUACUGCGGUCCCUAUAUUCGGAGCAACCACCACUGCCGCUAUCCCGCAGUUCGGCGCAACCAUUACUACUGCUCCGCAAUUCGGCACAUCCACUACAUCUAUUUUCGCCACUACGUCGGGCACAACGACAACGACUGCAAACAUCUUCGGCACGACCAGCCAGCCGCUUUUCGGAGCCACAACGGUGCCACCGGGAACCGCCGGUGUGUUCAGCCCGAAGACCACCGCGCCCUCGAUCUUCGCGCAGACGACCAGCGUCGUGGCCACGUCGAACAACACGGUCAGUCCCGGUCUGUUCUCCAACGCCAGCGUCACUUCGACUUCGACGACCGCGUCGGCUUCGGUGUUUGGCAGCGGCUCGCCGAUGUUCGGACAAACAAAGCCCCCGACAUCCUUUGGAGCGGGUGCAGCGGGUGCAGCGGGUGCAGCGGGUAUCAUGUUCGGCGGCACGACGACAUCGUUAUUCGGCUCGAACACGCAAACCACGACCGCGCCGACGUUCGGGAACACAUCCACCAAUACCGUCGCUCCCGUCGGUUUCGACACCGCGAGCGACGCGACGACCGUAUUCGGAUCACCAAGCGCAGGAACGGUGACGAACGUGCAGACCACACCAGCUUUCAGCGCUACGACCGGUAUAUUCGGUUCGGCGGAUAACAACGCAUCGUCGGUGCCUAUAUUUGGAGCGAACACUACGCCGUCUACUGGAGCGUUUGGUGCCACCCCGGCGACGAAUACCUUUGGCACACCAAACCUCGCGUUCGGCUCUGCGACAAGCGGCAACAACACAUUCGGCGAUAAUAAAUCUCCAUUCGGUGCACCGCCCGUGAGUACGACGGGUUUCGGCACACCUAGCACAUCCAUUUCCUCUUUCGGAGCUUCUAACGCUAAUAACUCAAGCAAUAGCACGAGUAAUAUGUUCGUCUUUGGAAGUAAUCAGAAAGAUGGGCAACAGAACCCGACGUUUUCCUUCGGAUCCAAUUUCAGCGCUGGAAGCAAUAAUCCUACGACCGUACCAUCCACUUCUUUCCAAUUUGGAUCCCCAUCUUCCAAACCAGCACCGGCUGGGUUUAAUUUUGCUACUCCAUUAUCAUCCGCAACUCCUACUCUCAAUUUCGGAACCACGAACAUGCCGACUUUCAAUCCUUCGACGCCUGGCAUGUUCAGCAUCGGUAGCGGCUCCACGGCGCCGCGAUCUAGAUCAAUUCGUAUGCGGAAACCAAGAUGAUGGAGAAUGUAAAUGCCGCCCAUUUCGAGUGCAACUUUGGAGUGGAAAUACAUUCGGAGUGUUUAUUUAAUACAUAGCUUCUCGAAUGUAAGAGAUACAAUCGAUGUGUAUGCCGCAUUCGAUAGUUAAUACGUUUGGUAAAAUAAAAUUAUAUGACUAUUGAUUAUAUAUAAAGUCUGUUCUUUAUAGCUGAACUGGCUGCACUAGUUCAG